UGCAUUUACUGCUGCUACAGCAAUUACUGUUAGUACACACAUUUUGCAUGCCAACUGACAGCCAUUUAGGCGUGUAUAUUAUUUGGGAAGUAUAUUUAUGUCAAUCGAAUGAUGAAGAAAAAUGAAAACCGUGUAUACACAACCAGCUGAAGAAAUAAUGUGAAAAAUUUCAUUUUGAUGGUUUUGAUCAAAUCGCAUAUCUUUUUGUACAGACAAAGAUAAACUCAUCAGAGGGAAUUGUACAAAUUUAACAUAUAGGAUCUCAAAAACACUAAAUCAAAACAGCUGAAGACGUUAUGUAAUGUGAUUACUACUGAAUAUAAAAUUAUAUAUUUUCACUUACCUUCGACUAAAUUUCAUUGAAUGAAUAAAAUGGAACAGCCAAGAUUUUUGACUGGAUGGACUCCAGUUGUAAAGACAUUUGUGAAUAGCAACCGAGCUGUAAAAGCCUUGUGGGCUAUUUUUGCCAUUUGUAUGGUAAUAGCUCUAGUCAGUUCUGUGAGUGUGGUUGUUCAUAAAUACUUAACAUAUGUAACAGUUGUUCGACUGGAUCAAAGAGGUCCUAAGGAUGGCGUACCUCCUCCAGCAGUCACGAUAUGUCUUACUGAACACCAGACUAAAUACUUACAAUUUCAGUAUUACAAGAUCAGCACUAAAUUAAACAUUAUACAAGGAGCGCACAAGUCUUGCAGACUUAAACCUGGUGUUAUAUGGGAUUCUAGUCAGGAUGCUAUUUCAGAAUUUUACAAUUACACAAAACAUUUUACGGUGACAUUCCGGACUGAACCGCCUGGAUGUUAUUCACUUAAUGUAAUGGAACAAGUCCCAUGGCCUCCAGAUUCAAUCUGUACUACAUUUCAGCUGGUACAAGAUGCACCGCUAAAUACAACAUUUUGGAAGAUUUUUCAUAUAGACGUCCGACUAGCCGAUGUCAAUCAAACAUUUCUUGGACGACCAUUAAUCAUUGCUCAUGAAACAAACAGCUUUCCGUUUGACAAUUUCGGUCGUUAUUUAUACGAAUAUAUAAAUCCUGGAUCUCUGCUGAAUGUAUUUUACAGUAAAAGUAUUACAAAACGACUACACACACGACGAAAUCCAUGUACUUCGAAGUCAAUUAAUUUACUAGGCAAUACAUUUGACUAUGACCAGAUCACGUGUCAGUGGCAUACAGUCUGCUCAAGGUACAACCCAAAGUGCAAUUGUACUUGUCCACUGGAUUUACUCCGUCUGCGUCUUUAUCGUAAAGUGUAUGGUACAAAGUGGAACCAAUUAGCACUGUUGAACUUGGAUAGUUACAAUAUUCAUACUAACCAGUCAAGACGUAAUUGUCCACCUAAAUGUCCCAUUGACUUUCCCAUAGCAUUUGUGAAUAAUUCUGUGUGCCCACUAGCAUGCCGUACAGUAACUUAUAAGAAAUUAAAUGAAGUUCUUGACAAUAUUACAGAUCGUUCAAUUGUCCAAUUAGAGUUAAUCCAGGCGGAAGGUUUAACUGAAAUGACAGAAGAAGCUCUAUAUUCCUUACCAAAGUUGUUUAGUGAGAUAGGUGGUUUAAGUUCAUUUUGUUUUGGAUUUAGCUGUAUUCUGUUUUUUGAACUAUUCGAAUUAGCCUUUUGGUUAAGAUGUACUUAUCGUUCACAGUUUAUUGAACGUGUUAAUGAAAUAUUAGGACAACAAAUAGAAAUUACUGAUGAACCCAAUCUAAUUAUGAAAAAUAAUGACAACAGUGUUAAUGUGACAUUUUCUAAGAAAACAGUUUACGAAUACAUGAUAAAAAUAAUGAAGGAGUUGAUGAUAGUGAUGAAAAUAGUUCAAAUAAACAGAGACAACACAAGCAACUACCAUUCAAUACAAUUAAUUUGUCAUCAAAAGUUAUCUUAAAUGAUCCAUUAAAAGUGAGGUCAUAUAAAUGUCCAAUGACAUGUACUCCAUCCCGGUUGAAAUCUCGUUCCUCUAAUCGUAUUGAUUUAAAUCCACUGAAAAUAUAUAAAGUCGAUGGUUCACGCUUAAGUGAAUAUCCUAAAGAUCAAGACAGCCCAUUGAUUGGUUUAAAAUCCCACAAACGUUUGAUUUUGGAAAAUCCUACUGUGGAAACACACUCAGAGUCUCCUACUUUUAUCCCGUAUCCCAUGAAUUUGUAUUCUAACAGUGAUCAAAUUUUGACUCCAACAGUUCCGGUUAUUUUAAAUAAUCAUUUAUUUCAAGUUGCCGUAGACUAUGAAAUACCGUAACUUCUACGAAACAGUUUUCUAUGUAGAAAAAUAUCCAAUUUUAUUCUGAUAUCACGAUUAUGUUAUUUUUAUGAAAAUCAUGUGAAUGUGAUCAAAUACAUAUUUCAUUGCAAAUAAAUAUGUUUCCAACA